UGAUGUAAUAGCUCAUUUGAUCAAUUCCUGGACCUUGAGCACUCUUCAUCAUUUCAGUAUCAUCUCCCUUUUGAACAGAAGUGUCAUGGUGGUAUAUCAAUUAUUAUGUCGAUGUAAAUAAUUGUUUUUCACUUAUGGAAUGACAUGAACAGCUGAAUCUCGCCUAGCAGGAAACUAGCAGGAAAUCGCUGACCACUCUUGUUGCUUGACUUUGUACUAUUAUCUUAUCUCUGUGGAACUCUCUUGAAAAUGGUGCGUGCUUGGUUCAUGGAUAGUGAUGAAACCAGUGAUCAAAGACUAGAACAUCACCGAAACCCUCCUGAAUUUCUUGACUUGGAUACUUUAUUCGCUAAAACUGGAGUGGAGUAUUUUCAAUUGAAUAAGAAGGACCCAAUAAAUGAUGACACAUUGAUUAAACUUAAAAAAGAUCGGGGAUACUGUUAUGAAGACGAAAUUACAUGCUCAAAAGAGUGCCUGCCUAAUUAUGAUGAAAAGUUAAAGGCUUUCUUCACAGAACAUUUGCAUACUGAUGAAGAGAUACGAUUGGUUUUAGAAGGAUCAGGCUAUUUUGAUGUGAGGGAUCUUGAGGACUCGUGGAUCCGAAUUGAAGUCACCCCUGGCGAUCUCAUUAUCAUUCCUGCUGGUAUCUAUCAUCGCUUCACCUUGGAUUCCAAAAAUUACAUUCGAGCUAAACGCUAUUUCAUCGGAGAACCUGUGUGGACUCCAUAUGAUCGGCCGGCAGAUCAUAUGCCAAUUCGGAGUGGAUACUUACAGAAAAUGGGUAGGAAUGUAACCUCUGGAUAAGAAAGAUUGAUCCUUGAAUAAUGAAUGCAAAAUUGUUAAAUGUUUGUUUGUUAAGUUUUUAAAUGAAUGAAAGGAUAACAAUCAUUUGUCUCUUGGUAUCAGAAAUAGUUUCCAAGUUUAAUUUUGCAAAGACUUUGGGAAAUGUUUGUUAUCGUUUUUAAUUCUCUGAAGCCUUUAUGGAGGCAUGUUAAAUUGUUAAAUUAAUUUUGUAAGGUGCCAAAUAAAGUGUUUCACUGAUCGAA